AUGUUGGUGGAGCAAUGGUCAUUUCGGCCGAAACGUACUGAGCGCGAGCGAAGUGGUGUCGUUUCUGCACGCACCAGCGUAGGAUUUGUGACAGGAUUGCCGUCGUCGAAGACAACGACGCGAACUCCGACCACGACGUUGAUGGCACCUAGGGCGGUGGAUGAUAGAAGUGGGGCCGCGGAGCUUGAGCGUGUUUCAAGUCUUUUUCCGCUCACAUACCCAGUGCCCUCGCCCAUCACUCAUAAAGGCCUCGUACCUACUGAUGACAUUGUUCUCGAGCAAGAACUAUUGCGGAAUCCUGAUAACAUACGUACAUGGAUGAGUUACAUUUCGCAUGUCGAAGAGACGAACUUCCGCAAACGACCUAUGCCUGAUCAAGGUCUCUCUUCUGCGAGUGUUCGAAUGUUAGGCUUUCUAUCUGACGAAACCCUUCGGCUAGCAUUGCAGCGAAUCGUGAGCUUGUACGAGCGUGCAUUAGCCGUCUUUCCCUCAUCAUACAAGCUAUGGCAUCGAUAUUUAAGUGCGCGUGCGCGAUUCGUUCUAGGUGACCCAAUCGAUGGUGCUGAAGGCCGGCGCCAUCGGCUCUUGCAGUCUGCACAACACGCCUUAGAAAUGGGUCCGUCUAUGCUGGAACUACGACGGAGUGAAGAGGCUCAAGAGAAGUGGGAAUUUUCCCUGGAUGGUACAUUGGGUUGGAAAGAAUGGCGCAGCCUAGCGGCAGCGUACGAGCGCGCUCUGCAGCAACUCCCAACAAUGCCUCGACUUUGGCUGGAUUAUCUCACACUGUUUGUACACCCUGCUUGUCCUCCCACAUUUUCAAAAACACAUGCCCGGCGAACUUUUGAUCGCGCAUUACGCACACUGCCUCCCUCUCUGCAUCUUCACAUUUGGCGGUGGUACUUGCGGUGGGCAGAGAUCUGUGGCAGCGAGGUGGCACAACGCGUUUGGUGUCGCUACUUACGAAUUGAUUCGAGCCUCUCUGAGCCAUACGUCGCGAUGCUUCUUGAGAUGCCCGAGCAUUUGCGCAUAGCGGACGGCCACGCUAAUAAUAUAGAUGGGUCUAUUGCGAGACAUGAUGAAGACGAAAAAGACGACGAUGAUGACGACUCACUCACGCCUGUGCAAGAGCGCCGGGUUCUUGAAGCUGCCAAGCGGAUGCUUGGUUUAGCAAGAAGUGCAUGGACUGGUGAGUAUACGAGUCCGAAUGGCAAAAGUCCCUAUCAGUUGUUGCUGGAUUGGCUCGAGUUGGCCGAACGGUUUCCUGAAUCCAUCGGCUUGCCUCCUGACGAAGAAACACAAUUGCCAAUGCGCCAUCCGGACGACAAAUUGCCGGAUUCCGAAACAAAUGUCUUGGACCGCACGCUUCUCCCUGUACGCCAGAUUGUGGAACGCGAUGGACUCGCGCGGUUUCCUGACCAAGCAGGGCGCCUAUGGACAGGCCUCGCCACAUACUAUAUCAAGCGCGGUGACUUUGACACUGCCUGGGACACCUUUGAGCAAGGCAUGAAAACAGUUCUGACAGUUCGAGACUUUACGCAGAUCUUUGAUGCAUAUGCUGAAACCAGCGAGAACGUAAUCAGUCUUAUGAUGGAAGAACUCGAAGAUGAUGAAGAUGAUGAAGCUAAUGACAACACCGACACUAAGGACCGAGCACAGCAGGAAGCCGAGAUUGAUCGGCGCAUGCAAGAUUUUGAAGCGCUCAUGGAACGCCGGCCGUUCCUUGUGAAUGAUGUGCUUUUGCGUCGGAACCAAGAUGACGUGCAAGAAUGGGAAAAGCGUGUGACUCUGUGGGGCGACAAUGAUGAGAUGGUGAUCGCUACCUACAAAAAUGCGCUCGAAACUAUCAACCCCCGUAAAGCCACGGCUAAUUUGCAUCAGUUUUACAUUCAUUUUGCUCAGUUUUACGAGGAUGGUGGCAGCUUGGGUAGGACAGAUCCUAGUGCCGUGGAGCGUGAUGUGGCCGCUGCUCGACAGAUUUUUGAACGUGCCGUGAAAGUACCGUUCAAACGAGUGGAUGAUCUUGCAGAAGUAUGGUGUAGCUGGGCCGAAAUGGAAGUACGGAAUGGCCAUUAUGACGAAGCUCUCCGGGUUAUGUCACGAGCCACAAGCCCUCCAUCCAGUCACACGAAAAUACAGCAGAUCUCUUAUUAUGAUGAUUCACUAGCUCCACAGUCCCGUUUGUUCAAGAGCCUAAAGUUGUGGGCGUUCUACACGGAUCUUGAGGAAGCUCUGGGCACGCUUGAGAGCGCGAAACAUGCGUUUGAUCGUAUUCUUGAGCUAAAAAUUGCGAAUGCGCAAACGAUGAUCAACUUCGCCAUGUUCCUGGAAGAACAAGAAUACUAUGAGGAUGCAUUCAAGGUAUAUGAACGAGGUGUCGAACUGUUUACAUACCCUGUGGCAUUCGAACUGUGGAAUGUGUACUUGAGCAAAUUCGUCCAUCGGUAUGGCGGCAAUAAACUAGAGCGAGCUCGCGACCUGUUCGAACAGGCGUUAGACAAGUGUCCAGCAAAUCUGUGCAAACCGUUAUUCCUGAAAUAUGGAGAGUUGGAAGAAAGAUAUGGCCUUGUGCGCAAAGCUAUGAGUAUUUAUGAACGCGCAACAAGAGCUGUAGUGGAUGAAGACCGCUAUGAAAUGUACUUGUACUAUAUUGCAAAGGCAGCAGCGAACUACGGACUUGUCGCGACUCGACCAAUUUACGAAGCCGCCAUUGAAGUGCUACCUGACCGUGAUGCUGCAUCCAUGUGCUUGCGCUUCGCAACGCUGGAACAAAAGCUUGGCGAGACCGAGCGCGCUCGUGCUAUCUAUGGCCACGCAUCUCAGUUCUGCAAUCCGAAGACGCAGCCUGAGUUUUGGAAAGUCUGGAAUGCAUUUGAAAUUGAACACGGUACCGAAGACACCUUCCGUGAUAUGCUCCGUAUUAAGCGGUCUGUCCAAGCUCAGUACAACACAGACAUGGCUAAUAUGGCUACAACGGUGCUAGGAUCGGCGAACAGAGCCCCUUCCACUGCCGCACCUUCCGUUUCUGAUCCUAUGGCAAUGAUUGAGGCCCAGCAAACGGCUAAAUCUGCCCGGACAGGCGUGCCAUCGUUUGUGGCUGCAUCUGCAACGUCGCGUCCAGCCACCGUUGCGUCGAGUCAUCCGGAAAAACUUGGCACUGACAACGACAUUGACGAUGACGAUGACCUGUUAUAG